AUGUCCCAAGACGCAGCUGAAAGUGCUGAGCACCCGGCUGAGGUGCCUGCCACGGGCGGAGAGGGUGCCGUCGAAGAGCGCCACAGCACCGGCAAGUACAGCGUGGGCGCCGAAAGUUCGCAGGCAGAAGAUCGCGGGGCUAAGGACUCUGUCGAUGGAGGGGCAUCACCACAGAAGACUUCGCGAUCAGAGAGGGAGGGAGAAGCCGCCCCUGACAGGAACCAGGACGAAAACGCGUCGCUCGUCGCCAAAGUUCCGGCCGGUGUCGGGGUAGAACCGGAUGUCGCCUUCGCCGACACUGUGACAGACACUCGCUGUGGGCUUCUCUGGUUCCGCCCCGCGGCGCUGCAGAGGUUCUGCAAGCCGCGCUACAUGCUGGCCAACAUGUGCGCCAUCACCUUCACGCACAGCUUCCUCGCCAACGGGGUCAUCAACGUCGUCCUGCCGACGCUCGAACGUCGGUUCCAGCUGCGCAGCUUCGAGAGCGCCAUGAUCAUCAGCACGUACAACGUGGCCAACUGCGUCGCCAUCGCGCCCAUCGCCUUCAUGGGCACCAGCGGCAACAAGCCGGUGUUCAUCGGCGUCGGCGCCCUCACCGUGGGGCUGGGCGCGCUCCUCUUCACCUCGGUCCAUUUUAUCGCGCCCGCCUACCAGUGGGGUUCCGAACUGCAGGAUCUCUGCCCGGCAGGCCCACUUCCCAAAGACCUCUGCCUCAGCGGUGAUGUGCGGAACUACCGGUUCCUGCUGAUGCUGGCACACGCCAUGCACGGCAUCGGCUCGACGCCAUUCUACACGUUGGGUGUCUCGUACCUGGACGAGAACGUGCCCACCAGGAUGGUCUCCACGUACCUCGGUGUGUUCUCAUGUAUGGGUGUCAUGGGUCCCGGCUUCGGUUUCAUGGCGUCUGGCUUCUUCUUGAGGUUCUACGUAGACAUCACGAAAGACAUCAAACACUUGGGCCUGACUUCAGGAAGCGCCGUCUGGGUUGGAGCGUGGUGGAUCGGGUUCCUGAUUACCGGAGUGGCAAUGCUCAUGAUUUUCGUGCCAUCUCUGUUCUUUCCCAAGCACAUGCCAAGCUAUUACCAGUUGCUCGAACAGAAAAAGACGGAGAGUCGUCAAGGAAGUCGCGUGAUGAAAGACACGUCCAUAAAGGAGCUGCCCGGAGCCAUCCUAGGCAUCCUCAGCAAUGGCACAUUCUUGUCUCUCGCCUUGGCCGGAACCUCGGACUACAUGCUUACAAACGCUGUGACGCAGACUUCAACCAAGUUCUUUGAGUCUCAGUUCGCUAUCAGUUCGUCGAAAGCUUCGGCUGUCUUGGGUGCUAUUGCCAUCGCGGGCGGAUGUGGUGGUACUUUCCUGGGCGGAUACUUGGUGACGCGCCUAAACAUGUCCUGCGAAUCCAUCAUCAAGAUGUGCCUCAUCGUCAGCGUUGUACCCUGGGUCUGCAUCUUCAUGUUUCGAAGCUACUGCCCGGACCCAAGCUUUGCCGUCAACAUCCCCGCAAUUCUGAACAACUCCGAUCCUUACGAGUUUCCGUGCAACAAACAUUGCAACUGCCACAGUAGCGUGUACAACCCAGUCUGUUCGGUGGAUGGAACCGUGUUUUUUUCUCCCUGCCUGGCGGGAUGCGAAGCACGCCUGGCAACGGGAAAAGCAAGGGUGUACACCAACUGCAGCUGCAUAACGCAGAGCGUUCCGGAGAAUCUGCCCAACGGCACCGUCAUCAACGUUCAAGCGCGCCGCAAGAAGUGCAACACAGGCUGCACUCUUCUGCCCUACUUCACGGUCGGACUGUUCCUCGCGCUCUUCUCCAACUUCCUCAACUUGGCGCCGCUCGCCUCCGCUUUGCUCAGGGUGGUCACUCCUAAGGAGCGCUCCUUGGCGUUGGCCAUGAAGUGGAUCAUCGUGCGCAUCUUCGCGUCCAUACCGGGCCCGAUGCUGUUCGGCACCGUGAUCGACCGCAGCUGCCUGGUCUGGCAGUCAAUGUGCGGUCGCAGCGGCUCCUGUCUCUACUACAACAACAAGCUGCUGGCGCACAACCUCUUCUACGUGUUCAUCCUUGCUGAAGACGCUCUCCAUUCUCCUGUACGCGCUCUCGCUGAUCAAGUACCGCGAAAACUUCGGCUCCGGCCGACGCGGCUGGCGAGCUGCUUGACGGAGAGGCCGCUGCCGUUGCAUUCCCUUUGUUACAUCCCGCCGCAACCGAGUCAACACCUGGGUGGGUAGUGUGCCUGUGUUGAGUGACAUGUGCCGGGGGAAUUAAGGGCUCACAAAAGCUCUCUCUCGGUAUUCC